GGCCCGGGCAGGAGGCGCCAUGGCGGAGCUGGGCGCUCACCUCACGGCUGCCUCGGCCGCCGAUGACCGCCCCUCCAUCUUCGAGGCGGUGGCCCAGGACAGCCUGAUGGCUGCCGUGAAACCCGCCCUGCAGCACCUGGUUAAGGUCCUUGCUGAAUCCAACCCUGGCCGGUACGGCUUCCUCUGGCAGUGGUUUGAUGAGGUUUAUGCCCUUCUGGAUUUGCUGCUCCAGCAGCACUACCUGGCCAGCUGCAGUGCCUCCUUUUCUGAAAACUUCUACAGCUUAAAGAGGAUCCCGAUGGGAGGUGUCAGACAGCAACCUCUGGCUACUGCUGGCCUGCCAAAGAGGCAGCACUGGAAGUCUCUCCUCUUGCUGGUUCUUGUUCCUUACCUGAAAGGAAAGCUGGAGAAACUGGUGGCCAGCCUGAGAGAAGAGGAUGAGUACUCCAUCCACCCUCCAUCGUCAUCCUGGAAGCGUUUUUACAGAGCCUUUCUAGCUGCCUACCCCUUUGUAAACAUGACCUGGGAGGGCUGGUUUCUUAUCCAGCAGCUGAGCUACAUCCUGGGCAAAGCUCAGCAUCACUCCCCCCUGCUGCAGCUGGCUGGUGUUCGCCUGGUCAGACUGAGUGCAGAGGAUAUCCAGGCCCUGGAGAAGAAGUGGGUUGGAGCCACCUCAGCUCAAACACAGAGCAUGAAAAACCGAGUGCAGGCAGGAGUGAGGAGAGCCCUGAGUGGCUUUGCCUUCUCCCUCUCCACCGGGCUCUCCCUCAGCGUCUUUUUCCUCCAGUUCCUGGACUGGUGGUACUCCUCUGAAAACCAGGAAACAAUCAAAUCCCUGACGGCCCUGCCCACUCCUCCACCCCCCCUGCACCUCGACCGCGGGCCCGGUUCUGUUCCCUUGCCCCAGCUGAAGACUUUGUGCCCCCUCUGCCGCCAAAUCCGCCUCAACGCCACCGCGCUCUCCACCUCGGGCUUCGUCUUCUGCUACCGCUGCGCCUACAGCUACGUGAAGGCUCAUCAGUGCUGCCCCGUCACGGGCUACCCCACGGAGCUGCAGCACCUCGUCAAACUCUACUCCCCUGAGGGCUGAAAAACCCUGCCCGAGAGAGGGCUGAGGCAGCACGGAGCUUAACUCCACCCCUGGAGAGUCUGCCGCUCAUCAGCGAGCUCGGGAAAGCUCCUUUGAACUCGGGGGGACCUCGGUUUUGCUGCAGAUUGUGGGUAGGGUUCUCCCUUUUGUUCCUGAGCUGCUCAAACCUCCUGUGGGGGUUCCAGAGAGGCUGCCAGCUGGUGCAGAAAUCACUUCAAAAGGGAAGAAACAUCGAUUUGGUGAGAAUGCAGAUGGGAAGACCCAAGAGCAUCACUGGCAAAAGUCCUGCUGGAGCCCCUGAGCCAGCACAUUAAAGAGGUAGGGAAAAUGUUUUGGGUGAAUUAUUCCUUCUUGAGCAGCUUCACAGGGUGAGGUAGGGACAGGCUUGGACCUCUCCUCUGAUCCUGCUCCUUUUCAGAGUCUCCCUGUGUUUUCAGGCUGCUUGGAACUGAGACCAUCAGACAUUUCAUGCCCACCAACAAUUAACACUUAAGAGUUUUGGCUUCUGAAAGGAACAAGUUGGUGUACAGGCAAGGAUACAAGAGGGAGGUUACAUUUUCUGCAAGAGAAAAACAACAAAGGAUUAAAGCAGCCGUGGUACCACGUGAUGAAUUGAAUCUGUUAUUAAGUGCUUUCAUAAAGCAAAAUACUUUCUUGAUUGAGAACCUUACAUUUCUUUUUCUCAGGAGUGGAGAAGAAAAGCAAGAGUUUGCUCCUCUAGGAGCCCUGUUUACAUAAGAAAGACCAAAGCUGCUUUCAUCUUUGCAGAUGACAACAGUGGGGAGAAAAUUAGUAUUUUGUAGGCUAGGGAUCUUUACCAUCUGUUUGGUUUACAUCUUACACUGUGAUUAUUCCAGACCCACCAGUGUAGCACUUUGAUACCAUCACAAAACAUCCUUUCAUGGAACAGAGAGGGAAGGAAAGUGUGUGGGAUGCUAUGGCUGGCCCUGGUUUUUCAGGCUGGGAGGUAUUUUUCCUGCCUCAGCUCCAGGGAGCAGCAGUUCCCUGCUCCAGACAGCACAGUGACAAUUCUUGUGGAAUAUGAAGAGCAAAGUUUGCUGCACUAAGUACAUUGUCUUUCCAGAUCAAGAGAUGUGUUCCAACAUUUAAUCCACUCACAGCCAUCUCAUUUCCCCCCCACUGUAGCUCUGCUUCAGGAGAUCCAGAUCUCUAAUAUCCUCCCUCACCUGGGAGCAAGACAGCAAAGUUAUUGAAUAAUGAGGGAAAAUCCAGUCAUCUCCCUCCUCCCAAAGAUGCUCUGGAAAACACCUGCUGGAACAAAUGAGAUUGUGCCCCAGUGCUUGUCCCAUUCCCUCUACACAACUUCCAAACCCUUGGUUACCCAGGUCCAUUGUCUGAAACAAAAGCUAUGAAACCAGCACAGGUUAUACAAUCAUCCCCAUUUGUACCUCCAUUUAGUGAUUAACAGAUUUCUUAAAGCCAUGAUUACCUAAAGAUAGGCAGGAGAAGAUUGUUUUCGAGGAACACAACUUUAUUAACCCAAUGUUUGGACUUCUGUAGUAAUUUUCUGACUUCUGUACAGCCAAGCAGCACAUGCACCCAGGAUGCUUUGUGAUUUAAUACACUUAAAUCAACAUUAACAGCAGCACUGGAGUUACCCAGUACCUUACUUUAGAACUUUGCAAGGUUUUUAAAAAUACUCAGUGAACCUCAGCCACAUUCAGGACUUGUUUGGAUGCUCUUGAAACAAAUUACUGUGUUAGCAACUGAGCUGUUUUCACUUCUUCCUUAACAGAAACAAACCACAUGGCUUCUGUUGUGAGAAACCACCAGAACUAUGCUCCUAGGUACACAUUCCCUGUAGAAGCUUCAUUCUCCACAGGUAGAAAUGAACGUAAAGCUGUCACCAAGACCUGGAAGAGAAUAAAUCCUGGAUUAGCCAAGAGCUUCAUCUCUUUUCUUCUGCUUCCUUUAAGAGCC